AUGUAUUUUGUAAAGUACGGUGUCAACCAUGGUUUGAAUUCUGAACGAUUCGUUUGUGUCGCGAGUCUGCAUUGUAACGUCGUGAAGCGUGUUUGCAGGUUCGGUAGUCACUCGAUUUCCGAAAUCAAUGAGAUUAAAACUGGGGGAAAAAGAGAUAAGGAAAAAGAAGAGAUAACCAGGAAUGAAGAAAUCGAUAAAGCUCUCAAAGAAGACUUUGAAGAUUAUGUAGAGUUAUUUAAGGAUAUGCACUUUAAAGUAAAGAAGUUCUCCGGUGAAAUGAAUUUUUCAACAGUAGGAGAGAACCUGGAGACGGUAUUGAAAGAGAUAAAACCGGUAGAAGCAUCGGAGAAGAUGGAAAAAGAAGAAACCAACCACAGUUGCUUUAUAUGUAUGUUUAUUGGCCACGGGCGUGCUGGAUUCAUUAAAACAACAGAUGGCAAACUUAAUAUACAAGAUGACAUUCUUGACAAGUUUAUGAGUCAUAAAUGCUUGGAAAAGAAACCGAAGUUAUUUAUAUUUCAGGCAUGUAGAGGUGCAAAGGAAAACAAAGUAUCCAAAUCUUCUCAAUAUGCCCUUUGCGGUGGAGAGAUAAAACCAGAUGGUUCAAAUACGCUGAUUUGCUAUGCCGCGUGGAAUGGUUGUGUAUCUUACGCUGUGUCUUCAGAUGGUCAUGGUACUCAAUAUCUCCAGGACUUGCACAAAGCGUUACGAAUGUAUACAAAACCAAAUAACCCGCGCAAUGUCAUCGACAUCUUGACCGUUGUGAAUAGAAAAGUGAGCAACACUCUUCUUCCCGAUACUUUGGUGGAAGCUGGCGAUAGUCAGCGGAAAAGAGUGAAGACUUUCGACCCGAAGGAAACUUCUACACCACCAACUACUGGAUUUGCAGGGAAAUCCAAAUCAGAAAAGGUUUAUCAUUAUUACCAAGUGCCCUCCUUCGAAUCAUCUUUGAUAAAAAAAUUGUUUCUGAAGAUUCCUGUGAAUAAACUCGUCCAGCCACCAGCCCCCCAGCCAGCAUCAGCAGAUGCUGAUGCACAAUAAUAACCGAUGUUAUUCACUUUUUUUGUCCCAUUUGAUUUUAACAGAGAAUACAAAAUAUAUAGGUGGCCCAGCGUCGCUAAAAAUACAGUGUCCCAUCUUACCCCACAGAACUAUAUGCUGUAUACUUUAUUUGAAAUCAAGCUGUAUAUUAUAAACAUUGAAUAGCGUACGUAAUAUUAUUAAUUGUUAUCGUUUGUAGAAAUGUAGCAGAUAUAAUAGAAUACCCAUAUAAUUCCAAUGUCACGUGUAUCCGGCCGUCGGCCAUUAUUAUCAUUUUCUUGUGUAGACCAAAUGUUUUCAUAACUGUUUGUGUUUAUAUAGGAAACCACGAAAAUACACCAGAAUAUAACUAUCCAGUA